CAGCGUCUCCGACUGACAGGCGAGAGCAGUGGAGCCGGGCUGCCGGAAGUGUCCGUGCGCUCUGAGAGAAAACUUUCCUGCUCCGGCUCCGCCCGGAGCCUGGCCGUUCCCGGGGCUCGCGGCAGCAGCGACGAUGCGCCCGGAUGACAACGACCUGAGCGGACCUGCGCCUCGGCCCCCCGCCCGCUCCUGCCUUCGCCUCGCCUCGUGGGAGGAAGACUGAGCCCGGCGCAGGCGGCGCGGCGCGCGGGGCCCGUUUCCUUUGCGCGCGGUUCUCGCGCGUCUCCGCAGCUUCUCGGCGAGCCCGCGUGCCCACAGCGCCCGCUGCGGUCGCAGCUUCUCCCGCCCUGACCGCCGGCCGGGACGUGCUCCCGGCUGCCGCUGGCAGUACCUGUGCCAUGGGGCUGCCCACUCUGGAGUUCAGCGAUUCCUACUUGGACAGUCCGGAUUUCAGGGAGCGCCUGCAGUGUCACGAGAUUGAGCUGGAGCGAACCAACAAGUUCAUCAAAGAGCUCAUUAAGGACGGUUCUCUGCUCAUUGGGGCGCUGAGGAAUUUGUCUAUGGCAGUACAGAAAUUUUCUCAGUCACUACAGGAUUUCCAGUUUGAAUGCAUUGGUGAUGCUGAAACAGAUGAUGAAAUCAGCAUUGCUCAGUCACUAAAGGAAUUUGCAAGGCUACUAAUUGCAGUAGAAGAAGAAAGGCGAAGAUUGAUUCAAAACGCUAAUGAUGUAUUAAUUGCACCACUUGAGAAAUUUCGAAAAGAACAGAUAGGUGCAGCAAAAGAUGGAAAGAAGAAGUUUGACAAGGAGAGUGAAAAAUACUAUUCUAUUCUUGACAAGCAUUUAAAUUUGUCUGCAAAGAAAAAGGAGUCUCAUUUGCAAGAGGCAGAUACACAGAUUGACAGAGAACAUCAAAACUUCUAUGAAGCAUCUUUGGAAUAUGUAUUUAAAAUCCAAGAGGUUCAAGAGAAAAAGAAGUUUGAGUUUGUUGAGCCGCUUUUGUCAUUCCUUCAGGGUUUAUUUACAUUUUACCACGAGGGAUAUGAACUUGCCCAGGAAUUCGCACCGUAUAAGCAACAGCUACAGUUCAACUUGCAGAAUACAAGGAACAAUUUUGAAAGUACUCGCCAAGAGGUAGAGCGGCUGAUGCAGAGGAUGAAGUCGGCCAACCAGGACUACAGGCCCCCCAGCCAGUGGGCAAUGGAAGGCUAUCUCUAUGUCCAGGAGAAACGACCACUUGGUUUUACAUGGAUUAAACAUUAUUGUACAUAUGAUAAAGGAAGUAAAACUUUUACAAUGAGUGUUUCAGAAAUGAAAUCCAGUGGGAAAAUGAACGGUCUUGUUACUAGUUCACCAGAAAUGUUUAAAUUAAAAUCGUGUAUCCGACGAAAGACGGACUCAAUUGACAAACGAUUCUGCUUUGACAUAGAAGUAGUUGAAAGGCAUGGGAUCAUCACAUUACAGGCCUUCUCAGAAGCUAACAGAAAACUCUGGCUUGAAGCCAUGGAUGGCAAAGAACCGAUUUAUACCCUGCCUGCCAUUAUUAGCAAGAAGGAAGAAAUGUACUUAAAUGAAGCAGGGUUCAACUUUGUGAGAAAGUGCAUUCAGGCUGUGGAGUCCAGAGGCAUCACAGUUUUAGGCCUCUAUCGCAUAGGAGGCGUGAACUCCAAAGUUCAGAAACUCAUGAACACCACGUUUUCUCCAAAAUCACCUCCAGAUGUUGACAUCGAUAUUGAAUUGUGGGACAAUAAGACGAUAACAAGUGGGCUGAAAAACUACCUCAGGUGUCUGGCAGAACCACUGAUGACAUACAAGUUACACAAAGAUUUUAUUGUUGCUGUUAAAUCUGAUGACCAGAACUACAGGGUGGAAGCUGUACAUGCAUUGGUACACAAAUUGCCGGAGAAGAACAGAGAGAUGCUGGACAUUUUAAUAAAGCACCUGGUCAAAGUAUCACUACACAGCCAACAAAAUCUCAUGACUGUCUCAAAUCUUGGUGUUAUCUUUGGCCCAACUCUAAUGAGGGCACAGGAAGAAACUGUGGCUGCCAUGAUGAAUAUUAAAUUUCAGAAUAUUGUGGUUGAAAUCCUGAUAGAGCACUAUGAAAAGAUUUUUCACACUGCCCCCGACCCAAACAUUCCUCUUCCUCAGCCACAGUCUCGAUCUGGAUCCCGAAGGACACGUGCCAUCUGCCUCUCCACAGGCUCUCGGAAGCCCAGGGGCAGGUAUACCCCAUGCCUGGCAGAGCCGGACAGUGAUUCCUAUAGCAGCAGCCCCGACAGCACACCCAUGGGUAGCAUUGAGUCUCUCUCCUCGCACUCCUCUGAACAGAACAGCACCACCAAGUCAGCUUCCUGCCAGCCCCGGGAGAAGUCUGGAGGCAUUCCCUGGAUUGCAACACCGUCAUCUUCCAAUGGACAGAAGAGCCUUGGUCUCUGGACCACCAGUCCUGAGUCAAGUUCUAGAGAAGAUGCAACCAAAACAGAUGUGGAAUCCGACUGCCAGAGUGUCGCGUCAGUCACUAGCCCCGGGGAUGCUUCCCCACCCAUAGACCUCAUCAAGAAAGGGCCCUAUGGACUGACAGGGCUCAAGAGAGCCUCCGCGUCCUCCCUCAGGUCCAUCUCUGCCGCGGAAGGAAACAAGAGCUACAGUGGAUCCAUUCAAAGCUUAACUUCCAUAGGCUCCAAAGAGACACCCAAAGCCACACCAAACCCAGACUUGCCUCCAAAAAUGUUCAGGAGGUUAAGGCUAGACACUGCUUCAAGCAAUGGUUAUCAGCGACCUGGCUCAGUAGUGGCAGCAAAGGCCCAGCUAUUUGAAAAUGCUGGUUCGCUAAAGCCAGUUUCUUCUGGGCGCCAAGCCAAAGCCAUGUACUCCUGUAAAGCAGAGCACAGCCACGAGCUCUCCUUCCCACAAGGAGCAAUAUUUUCUAAUGUGUACCCAUCAGUGGAACCCGGCUGGUUAAAGGCAACGUAUGAAGGCAAAACAGGACUAGUCCCAGAAAAUUAUGUGGUCUUCCUCUAAUGCUCUUUAGUGGAUGGCAGUAUCUUCAUGGUAUCCAUGGUGACAAAUAAUAAAUGCUAUGAUUUUAUCUGACGCAGAUACAGGGAUCAGCCCACUCAAUGAAAACAAUCCAUUUCUAUCAAGUUCUUUGCCAGCAGACUAUGUAGCUCCCUUCUAAUGAAAAAAAAGUGGAAAAAGUUUAAAUGAUCCACCAAUCUUCUUUGACUGGUUUCUUAUUUUAAAAAUCUUUAAGUCAUUCUCCAUAAUGUCUCUUCCAUGGGAUCUCAAAUACUGUGCUAACAUAUUAUCUCCCUCAAAUUGGGAAACAAGAAAUCUACUAAUGGAUUUUCAGAUCUCUCCUUUACUGUCAGGCAUUCUCUGAGCAACCUUGAAGUUGUUACUUAAAAAUCUAAUUUAAAUUGUUUGUUGUAAUGUUUUUCCUAAAAAUAUACUGGUUUUAUAUGUAAUUGUUUCACUGGUCCUAAACAUUUCAAGUUUAGUUUUUGUCCUAACAUAAUUUUACUUUGUUUUCAAAGUAGAUGAU